UCUCCAGUCGGACAUAAUACGGCGUUGCACCCGUGUCCUUCAUUGAAAUAAUUCCGGACAGUCGUUACGAAAGGAUAUGGGAGACAGUCGUGGUUUAUGAGGAAACGUUUUGUGGGAUAAAAUGGCAUCCCCUUCACCACAUGAUCGCAGUAGGAGCGAAGACGAAGAUGACCCUGUGGACAAAAUGAUUUCUAAGACGGGCUGCGCCGAGCUUCACUACGCCGUUCAAGAAUGCAUGGCCGAAAAACAAGACUGGCGCAAAUGUCAGUCCGAAGUGCAGACCUUUAAACAGUGCAUGAUGUCCUUCCAGACAGCACGGAUGGAACAACUUCGGAAGACUCAAAGUCAAAGCACAGAGACCUCAUAGUGGGUUGCAGCUCUCAGCUCCCAGAACCGUCAAUAACUUCCAGGACUCUCAUACUUUUUCCUCUGAACUGAAGACAUAUAUUUUACUGCUGCACAUCAUCCGACUUGUCAGAACGAUUCAAAAUAAUGGAAGACAUAACCAAGAAUAUGUGGACCUUCUGUGAUUCAUACAAUGAUGGAAAUAAUACACCUGCAAAUAGGCAUCAUGUUUUGCUUCUCCCAUGUGUAAAUAAAUAUAGGAGAAACUUGUAGAAAUAGUAUUUCUUUGCUGUCCCCAAUAAAAGUGAACACUCUAGCCUGCUAAUGGUUGGUCUGCUUUCAAGAUCUCAGA